GUGGGGGGGGGUUUGCUCUUUGCUGCUCAUCAGCUGUUGUUGGGCUGUGAUUGUAUGAUGGUUCGCGCUGCAGUCAAACAGUAAAGCCAAGCUAGUCUUGUCCACCGCUUCAGCCGGGCAUCAUGAACCCCGGGAGCCGGAGCCUGAAGUUUGUGAUUUUGACAGCACUUCAGGCUUUGUCUGUCUCUCUAUCGGUGUGUGACAGCGUGCUCUCCACAUCUGCUGAAGAGAAUCUAUUGGGCCCGCCUGUUCAACACAGACCAACAGCAAAGCAGAAACACUAUGGGACUACAGUACCUCUUCUGCUCGUUGGACACGACUGGAAACCAAUCAGCCAGCUCAAAUCCCAGAGUCACCCUGCAUCACUGAAGCUCCUGAUUGAAGCGGAAGGUGAGCAGCUGCUCAUGGCUCUGGAGAAAAACGAGGGGCUGUUUGCAAGUAACUACACAGAAACCCAUUACCUGGAAGAUGGCAAUCCGGUCACAGGCUCUAACAACUUCACGGCAAACUGCUACUACCACGGUGAGGUCGAGGGUCAUGUCAACUCGGACGUCAGCCUCAGUACCUGUGCUGGGAUUAAGGGUUUCAUCUCUAUUGAAGGCAAAUCGUAUGUACUGGAACCAUCUGCUGAUCACUCUGAUGGCACUCACUGGAUCUACACAGCAGAACACCUCAAUUUUGCUCCUGGCACCUGUGGACACGAUUUCAACAUAUCUUAUCCCAUUGAACACACUGACAGCAGCCCGUUCAAGGCUUUCAGCACAAGGCACAAACGCCAUGCCCAGACUACGACCAAAUAUGUGGAGCUGAUCAUCGUGGCUGACAACAGAGAGUUUCAGAAGCAAGGCAAGGACAUGGAGAAGGUCAAGCAGCGGCUGGCUGAGAUCGCCAAUUAUGUGGACAAGUUCUACAGGGCUUUGAAUAUCCGAGUGGCUCUGGUGGGCUUGGAGGUGUGGAGUGACGUGGACAAGUGUCCCGUCACCCAAGACCCUUUCACCACGUUGCAUGAGUUCCUAGACUGGAGGAAGGUCAAGCUGCUGCCUCAGAAGCCACAUGACAAUGCCCAGCUAAUCAGUGGGGUGUAUUUUCAGGGCACCACCAUUGGUAUGGCACCUAUCAUGAGCAUGUGCACAGCAGAGCAAUCAGGAGGAAUCGUCAUGGACCAUUCAGACAACCCCCUGGGCGCUGCGGUCACUCUGGCCCAUGAGCUCGGACACAACUUUGGAAUGAACCACGACACGCCAGAAAGGGGGUGUGGCUGCAGGGUGACAGUGGAUCGCGGAGGCUGUAUCAUGACUCCCUCCACAGGGUAUCCGUUCCCCACGGUGUUCAGCAGCUGCAGCAAGAAGGACCUGACGGCCAGUUUUGAAAAAGGCGUCGGCAUGUGUCUGUUCAACAUGCCUGAGGUCAAGGUGCUCUAUGGCGGGCAGAAAUGCGGCAACGGCUACGUGGAGGAGGGAGAGGAGUGUGACUGUGGAGAACUGGAGGAAUGCAUGAAUCCCUGCUGCAAUGCUACUACCUGCACUCUGAAGGGAGACGCCGUCUGUGCACACGGACAGUGCUGCCAGGACUGUCAGCUGAAGCCAGCAGGCACUCCAUGCCGUGAAUCCAGUAACUCCUGUGAUCUGCCUGAGUUCUGCACUGGCAACAGCCCUCACUGCCCCUCCAACGUCUACCUGCACGACGGACACGCCUGCCACAAUGUGGACGGCUACUGCUACAACGGCAUCUGCCAGACUCAUGAGCAGCAGUGUAUCACACUGUGGGGCCAAGGGGCCAAGCCGGCUCCGGGCAUCUGCUUUGAAAGGGUGAACUCAGCAGGAGACCCUUAUGGCAACUGCGGCAAGGACUCCAAAGGCUCCUUUGCCAAAUGUGAAGCACGAGAUGCUAAAUGUGGCAAAAUCCAGUGUCAAGGAGGAGCUAACCGCCCGGUAAUUGGCACCAAUGCUGUUUCCAUAGAGACAAACAUACCCCUGCAGGAAGGGGGAAGGAUACUGUGCCGCGGCACACACGUCUACUUGGGUGAUGACAUGCCCGACCCCGGCCUGGUCCUGACGGGCACCAAGUGUGGAGAUGGAAUGAUGUGUCUGAACCGUCAGUGCCAGAACGUCAGCGUUUUCGGUGUGCACGAGUGCUCAGCCAAGUGCAGCGAUCGAGGGGUGUGCAACAACAACAAGAACUGUCACUGCGAGGCCCACUGGGCGCCUCCAUUCUGUGACAAAGCAGGAUUUGGAGGGAGCGUGGACAGUGGCCCCAUCAGAUUAGCAGACAACGGGAGUCUGACUGUGGGCAUCCUGGUGGCUCUCCUCACUGUGCUGGGAGCUGGUCUGAUCAUCUGCAUGAAGAGAAAAACCCUGCUGGGCCUGCUCCUCACCAGUAAAAAGAACCCAAUCGAGAAGCUCCGAUCAGUAAGCGCUGCAAUCAGCGGCCCGUCCCCUACUAACCAGCCUCCAUCAGCGAGCAUGGGGACGUCUCCAUCAGGACCGGCCCCGCCUCUGCCACGCAGCGCCGCCAUCUUCAAGCCUCCUCAUCGGGGGCCGGAGGCGGUGCUCCCACCAGCGCCCUACCCCUCCCACAGCCUGCGCAGGCUGCCCCAGUGCCCUCCGGUUCACCUCGGUCACCCCGUCCCCUUGUCUCUCACCGUGUCCCUGUCCCCUGGCCCUGGGCAGCUGAGACCUCUGGUGCCUCCACCUCACCGAGCCCCUCCACCUCAUAUCCACGUCGCAGCCAGGGGGGCAUCGUUCCGCAGUGCGUCACGCCAUAACUCCUGCAGGAUGGUCAUGGAGUUGGAGAAGCCCAGUCCUCCGCAGAAGCCCCUUCCCGCUGAUCCAAGGAGCUCCCGCCUGGUUAGAAGUCCUUCUGUCGCGCAGGGCCACGCUGUAGUCCAAGGGCCUUCUGCUGUUUGUGGCCCUGCACCAGUACCUGGUGUACCCAGACCUAUGCGCCCUGUCCCACACCCCAACAGACCCAGUCCCAAGCAUCCUCCAACACUACCAAAGCCUUGCAUAAUUGCCAACAUCAAAUACAGCAGCUGAGACUUUGGCCAAAAGGGACAUUGUUGUGAUAAGACACUUAAGAAAUUGCACUAUGAAAGCUCUGAAAACCUUAAAAAAAAGAUUGUGGCUUCUCUGAGUUUUGAAUCAGGAGAUCUGCCGUGUCCCUUUGGUGCUCUGUCUCUGAAUGGUGCUACGAGUCUGAGCUCAGGUACAUGUAAAGUAUUUAUAUUGUGUAUUUAUUGCCACGCAGUGCACUGUGCCAGACACUUUUACUACAUGGUAGCAACUUAAAACUUUUUAAUUUGUUGUUUGCAUCAAUUUCACAAUUUUUUUUUUUUCCAUAUCAACUGAUCUUUAUUAAGGUGAUAGGAGACUUUAAAAAAAAAAAAAAAAGCCAAUCUGUGAAAUUGUGAUUGCAGAAAUGUUUUUGUGAAACGUGUUUUAAUGAAGGGAACCCUUUACAUAAUAGUUUAGUUCUGUAUACAGCAGGAAGAGUUAUUGUGCAAUGACAGAUGAGAACAUAAACAACUUCAGACAACAUUUCUAGUUCAUUUGCAACUCUGUGGGGUUUUUUUUUUUUUUUUUCCUGGAGGGUAAAUGUUCUCCGUAGCAGCUUAGAGCCAGACGGAAAAGGCUUGAAACAACCACUGAAAAAGAAUGGUAUUACCACAGCAGUUCUGCAAUGUGACUGUCAACAUGAUUAAAUAACCGAAACACCGUGUGGGAAUUUGAGGGGCUGAAAAACGCAUCUGAAACGCAGGCCUGUUUCUUCUUCAUUUAUAUUACAGAAAGGUAACAAGUUGGAUUGUGAAAUGUCACUGAUUUGCCAUUUUCCGUUGCAUUAACGAGACCCAAGAAGCUCACUCGAGGGAUCUGGGUACCGAGGUAUGAACUGAACAUGUAUCUAAAAAUGAGCCAAGAUCAAGGAAGCGUUCAUCCCGCUGAGAGACUAAACUUCUCUGAAUUACCGCUCAGCUAAAGGUCAUGUGUGUUGAAUAUUUCCCUCUGUGUCUGUCUGCACCGAGGAUUAAAUCCUGGACUGUCUCGAAGCUGUGGCCGUACAGGCGUCACGGAGGCACUCACUUGUAAACAGCCGGUGUCUGGCUACAGUGUUCAUGUGUGCAUUUUGAAUCGUGCUUCUCUGUGAUGGGAAAGGACAGACUCGCUCGGCAAGGACACAUUUCUAGAUCUUUCUGCGGCUGAAAUGAACUGAAGUGGUUCCUCUGUGAACACUGAACCCGCCGAUCGUCCAAAAUCAUCCAGUGCAGUUAUUCAUUUUCUAUUUUUUGUACCUUUUUACUUUGGCUAUUGAGAUUAGUUUUUUAAAGCCAAUCUACAUACUAGAUACAAACGCCUGCAUAAAUCAGACGUGGUAAUGGAACAGUGUUUUAUUAUUCGUACACAUUUCUUGUUUUACUGGAUUGCAAUGCAGCAUAUAUACAGUACAUUCACACUGAGCAACGUUUCCUUUAAGCACAGCUCUUCACAAAUAUGUAGGCGGAAAACUGACAUGGACUGAACUUUUGUUACUUUUGAUACUGUUGUAUUUUUAAUAAUGCACUAGUUUUACAUUCAUUGCUUUUUUUUUUUCAAUGCUAUGUGUCCAUGUACUAAUAGACAGUCUUUGAGUCCAGUCGCGUGACUAUACGUUAUUGUCCAUAUGUUCCUUGUAUGUUGUUUUACAGGUGAACACAUUUUCAUGCAGAAUGCUUUUUUUUUUUUUUUUUUAAUGACGACUCUUUGAUACAUCAUAUGUAAAGAAAACACACCAAGUGUCAGUGUCUGGUCAUGGUAUUUUGAACACUCGAGCAGUAUUAGUAAAAACUGUUUUUCCAAUUGAUUUCUG